AUGCCUGCUUACCUGGGAGGAAGCCUCCUUGAACCCACGCGGGAGCUACUUCCGAGUGAACACCCACAGGAGGGGAUGCUCUAUUCUGGGGUUUACCGAUCAGCCUACAAAAGCGUCAAACGCCUCCAGUCGCCCACGCCGCGGCUUUCCUCGAAGCCCCGCCCACUCUCUUUAGCCCCACCCCCCGGGGCUGCCUACGGGACAGGAGCCGUUCAAUCGCUCCACUAUACUUUUGCUCUGUGUGGAGGGAUCAGGGUUGAGGAGGAAAAAGGGCUCCGAGACUCCGCGAAGAACGGAGCUUCCAGCAUGUCUCUCAGCUAUGCAGCCCGGGGCACCUACCUUUCCAUCUACCUGCUCACCAUCCUCACUGGCUUCCCCACCAACCUGCUGGUCCUGUGUGCUCUCAUCCAGAAGCUGAAGACCAAGGCCACACCCAACUGUGUCCUCCUUCUCAACCUGACCCUCUCUGAUAUCUUCUUCUUGGCCUUCUUGCCCUUCAAGGUGGCCGAGGUGACCGCUGACCACUGGCCGCUCCCCACUUUCCUGUGCCCUCUCAGCGGCCUUGUCUACUUCAGCACCAUUUACUCCAGCACACUCUUCCUCACUGCGGUGAGCGUGGAGCGCUACUUGGGCGUGGCCUAUCCCAUCCACUACAAGAUGAGGCGCAAUUCAGCCUAUGCGGUCAUAGCUAGCCUGGGCCUCUGGGUCUGCUCAUUCGCCCACUGCAGCAUUGUGUACAUCACUGAGUUUCAGCGGGACAACUAUUCCUCACCGAGUGACCAAUCCGAUGACAUCUGUUAUGACAACUUCACUCAGGCGCAGCUAACCACCCUGCUCCCUGUCCGCCUGGAGCUGGGCAUCGUCCUUUUCCUAGUGCCAUCCUUGAUCACGUGUUUCUGCUAUUUUGGCUUCAUGAGGAUUGUGAUGUCCUCACCCCACAUUCACAAGAGUAAAAAGCACCGGGCCGUGGGGCUGGUGGCUGCCACUUUAGCUGUCUUCAUCAUCUGCUUCGCACCCUACAAUGUCUCCCAUGUGGUUGGCUUUAUCAAUUGGGAGAGUCCAAAGUGGAGGAACACGGCCUUGCUUCUCAGCACCUUCAAUGCCUGCUUAGACCCCAUCAUCUUCUACUUCUCUUCCUCUGCUGUGCAACAUUCGUGUUGGGGCUUCCUGACGCGUGUAGAAAGGACCUGUGCUUUGCCUUCUUUAAUCCGAAAGCUCUUCUGCAGAGGGACUGAGAAGCUGGGGAGAGCAGGCUCUCCAGAACUGGUUUACUGUUCCAAGCUCUGA